CUUUAAACCUACAAAUAAAAUGAUGCCACGUGGCUUCCAAAUUACGAACGCGAACUUAGAGACGAGUCCCACUAAAGUCCUCUGCUUUCUUUUUUUCCCGACUUCCCAAACAGCCUUUUCCUUUUUAUUUUUUUUUAUUUCUUUUCGUACUUUGUGAACAAAUUUUUCCCGCAAAUCUUUCGAUAAAAUCCGUCAAGGUUGGAAGAAAAAUGAUUGAGGCUAAAUUGAAAUCGAUCGACUCGUCAUCCAUGAGGAAGUCGUCGUCGAGAAAUUCCGAGUUAUCGGUUCACAGUCAGAUGGAAUCUCCUCACUCACCGCUGCGCUUUCACUCGCCGCUCCGAUCCGACGUCGGCGACCUUCCGGAGACCCCUCCUUAUGCCUCUCCCGAUACCUCGCCUGAGAAGCAGCCAGAUAACUCCAAGGCGAUUGUCCUCGUUGAUGUUGUCGAUAAGAGUACUCAGUUCUCGCCGCUUCCAUCUCCCUACGCCAGCUCCCGGAAGACGCCGGAGAACGUGAGCUUUCCCGGAGAUAGGUCGACUUCGUCUAAGGUUAUGUUUAAUCGGGCAAUGAAGGAGGAUGUGCCGCAGUCGGUGACCAAAGUAGGGCCGGCUGCAGGUGGAGUCGAGGAGCGCGGUGGUGGAGGUGGGAGAUCGCCGAAGCAAAUGCCGCCGAUGUCGAGGAGGUCGAAGGACGAUGCGUUGACGAAGGCGGCUUUAGGUUUUAGAGUGUGUGAAGUGGCGGUUUGCUUGAUUUCGUUUUCGGUUAUGGCGUCUGAUAAGACUCAGGGUUGGAGUGGCGACUCCUUUGAUCGUUACAAGGAAUACAGGUACUGCCUCACCGUGAAUAUAAUUGCGUUCGUGUAUGCAGUGUUUCAAGCAUUUGAUCUUGUCUAUACUCUAUUCAAGAAGAACCAUAUGAUACGCCAUCACUUUCGUUAUCAUUUUGACUUCUUCAUGGAUCAGGCAUUGGCAUAUCUUCUGAUAUCGUCGUCUUCCUCGGCCGCAACACGUGUUGAUGACUGGCAAUCAAAUUGGGGAAAAGAUGAAUUCACGCAGAUGGCCAGUGCAUCGGUCAGCAUGUCUUUCCUUGCCUUCGUUGCUUUUGCUAUUAGUUCGCUUAUCUCUGGUUACAACCUUUGUACCCGUGAUCAUGCUUGAUAUCAAAAUCUGAGGCCUCUUCGUUUUUCCUUGAAAAGAGAACAAUUUUUACAUUGAUUGUCAACCCAUUUUUUUUCUCUUGAUGUUGUACAGAGAUAUCAUAGCUAGCUUUGACCUUACAAUAAAGAGGAUACCAAAUUGUAUAAUUGUUGGAUUGUUUUUAUUGCAUAUUUCAUAUAUAUAUAUAUAUAUAUAUAAAUGAAGCUUCUAUUGUUGUA